ACUGAAUAUAACCACCAUGUGAAAAAAAUCAGGGAAAGUUUGAAGAACAUUUAGGGAUGGCGACAGCUGGCGGGCGCCACGUCGUAGAAGGGGAGAUUGGAGAGGAAGACAAGAAGCCAUUGAGCCCGGUGGUCAAGAAAACUCAGGAUCAAAUGGAUGUGGUUGAAGAACUCAUAGGCAUGAUUGAAAAUGUAAAGUCCAUAGGAGAAUUCAGGAAGACCCAAAGGAAAGAGUGUCAAAGCCUUGUUAGAAGAUUGAAGCUCUUGUUACCUUUCUUAGAAGAAUUUAGAGACCUUGACAAGCCGAUUCCAGAAGCAGCCCUUGAAUGCUUAAACAAAUUGAAGAAAGCCUUCAUUUCUGCCAAGAAAUUGUUGACCACCUGUCAUUGCGGAAGCAAAAUUUACCUGGCAUUAGAAACGGAAGCCAUUAUGGUCAGGUUUCAUUCUGUAUAUGCAAAAAUAAGUCGGGCUUUGGAUGGCAUGCCGUACGAGGAGCUUGGAAUUUCGGAUGAAGAGAAAGAACAGGUUGAGUUGAUGCGGGCACAAAUUAGGAGAUCCAGAUCGCGGGCUGAUACUCAGGAUAUGGAAUUCACGAUGGAUUUGAUGGUGGCAUUGUCCACAGAGAAUGAUAGGAAUGCAGACAUUGCUAGUGUUGAAAGGUUGGCAAACAAGCUAGCUUUACGUACGGUUGAGGAGCUGAAGGCUGAAACGUUGGCUGUUAGAAGGCUUGUCAAAGACAGAAGAGGUCAUAAUGCAGAAGGCACUCAACAAAUCACACUUCUUCUAAAAAAAUUCCAAAAGUUUGCCGCUGUUCCAGAAACUGGUGCACUUGACGAUCCGCUUAUGCCAAAAACUCGUAAAAAAUGUGCUUCUGCUGUAGAAAUUCCCCAUGAGUUCCUCUGUCCCAUUACCUUGGAGAUUAUGAUAGAUCCGGUAAUCGUAGCAACUGGACAGACCUACGAAAGAGAGAGCAUACAGCAAUGGUUGGAUUCAGGUCAUCGAACCUGUCCAAAAUCAGGGCAAGAGUUAACUCACUUAUCACUAGCACCAAAUUUUGCCCUCCGAAACUUAAUUCGGCAGUGGGGUACCAAGAACAAUUUCCAACUUUUCACAAAGGAAGCAUCUGCAAACCCCAAGAAUCCCGUUACGGAAGAUGAUGGAGAGAUAUUAUCCUUGGUUCAAAAUCUAUCUUCAAGUCAGCUAGAUGUGCAGAGGAGUGCGGUGGAGAAGAUUCGUAUUCUCUCCAAAGAGAGUCCUGCAAACAGGAUUUUGAUUGCCAGUAGUGGAGGAAUCCAACCACUUGUGCAACUACUGUCCUAUCCAGACUCCAAAAUCCGGGAGCAUGCUGUAACAGCAACAUUGAACUUGUCAAUUGAAGAGUCAAACAAGAAGCUCAUAUCCAGAGAAAACCCUAUUCCAGCUAUAAUUGAAAUUUUGCGGAGUGGAACUGUUGGUGCCAAAGAAAAUUCGGCCGCAGCAUUGUUCAGCUUAUCAAUGCUCGAUGAGAAUAAAGCAACAGUAGGAGAUUUAAACGGCAUCCCACCAUUGGUACUGCUGUUGAAAAAUGGGACAAUAAGGGGCAAAAAGGAUGCUGUGACUGCACUCUUCAAUCUCUGUCUCAAUCAUAGUAACAAGUCCAGGGCUAUUGAAGCUGGCAUUGUGACUCCAUUACUCAGCCUACUGGAGGACAGGAACUUGGACAUGAUUGACGAAAUCCUCUCCCUUCUGCUGCUACUUGCAUCAAAUCCGGAGGGAAGGCAAGAAAUUGGACAGCUCUCAUUUAUUGAGACUCUUGUUAACUUCAUCAGAGACGGCACUCCCAAAAACAAGGAAUGUGCAACUGCAGUUCUUCUGCAGUUGGGUUCAAAUAACUCCAAUCUCAUUCUGGCUGCACUUCAGUAUGGUGUGUAUGAACAUCUAGUUGAAGUCACCAAGAGUGGAACUGACAGAGGUCGAAGGAAAGCAAAUUCAGUUUUACAGCUUAUGAGUAAGGCUGAACAAAUUCCCUAGGUCCGUAGUCAAUGCAAAUGACAGGUUGAUAACUAACCAUUCUUUGCAGCAUCGUGUUGUAUAAUUGAACUUUUUUUUUGGGAUGCCAUCCUGUUAACCAAUCCCGAGUUAACUAAGUAGCAGCAAUUGGCUUUUAGAUUACACUUUGUCAUAA